CCGUAGAAACUUACCAUGGCUGUAAAAAAUAUUAAUAAAAUUAAUAGUUUGAAUUUGUUUGGAUUUACCAAGAGGUUCCCAAGAGGUUGGGCUCCACAUCGCAACGUCACCUCGUAUAAUCAGCUGAAGAGGCAUGCGCAGAAAAAAAAUAACGCACCAAAUUACUCGAAUGUCUUAAGUAAAACUUCAGCGACCAGACAGGUGAAUGAGGAAAAUUCACGAAAUGGCGUUCCAUUUCAUGGACGACAAUUUGAGAACCAAUUGGCUGCCGAGCGUAUACGGCAAUCUAAUGAAAUAUUGAAGGAUCAUUAUCUAAAGAGACGUCAUAUGCUACGAACGUUAAUUUAUGAUGUUAAGAAACAGAUUCCGGAAUUUUCGAAAAAACUCAAAGGUAUCAUGGCUCAAGAUACAGAUGAUACAAAUGAAACAGUCAGUGCUGAUAUGAUGACAACCAGUGACGAUUACCCAUCGCGGCGUUAUAGACCAGAGGCGAAAGAUGAUUCAACGGAUGACAGUGUGAAAACCUGGCAUAGGAAACUCCAAAAGCGCAGGCAGAUCGAUUCUGAUGUGGAUGAGCUACCUGAGUUAGAUGAUUAUUUGGCGACCAGACGUAGUCGCAAUGCUGCCAAGGUGUUAAGGCCGCCAGAUAGCUAUAAGUAUGGCGAAAUAAAGCCAACUGAACUUAAAGAGCACAGACUUCUGGCCCAUCAAAGGGAGAGAGUUAAGAAAAUGUGGCAAAUUGGAUCCAGACAAAUUCCACGGUUGGAGUAAUUAAAUAUUCAUGACAAAUAUGGCGUACCAUCAAUUCUAAACUCA